GGUUAGCAACAGUUACAGUGUAAUGCAUCAGGGAUCGUCAUGGGUUCGUCUCUGUUACCUCCGAAGGUGAAGAUGGAGCUCCAUGUCAAAAACCGAAACAACCUUCUCACAUCGCUUCGUCAACACCUCUCCGAAUCCUCUCGUCCUCUCCAUGGCUUCGUCCUCCUUCAGGGUGGCGAAGAGCAAACGCGUUACGACACCGAUCACUUAGAGCUAUUCAGGCAGGAGAGUUACUUUGCUUACUUGUUUGGAGUCAAAGAGUCUGGGUUUUAUGGAGCUAUUGACAUCGCAACUGGGAAUUCUAUCCUAUUUGUUCCUAGGUUACCUGCUGAGUAUGCUGUUUGGAUGGGGGAGAUUAAGCCACUCUCCUAUUUUAAGGAACACUACAUGGUUAGCACAACUUGCUUUUCAGAUGAAAUUGCGAGUGUUUUGCAACAACAUUACCAGAGUUCGGGAAAACCAUUACUGUUCCUCUUGCAUGGCCUUAAUACAGAUAGUGACAAUUUCUCUAAACCAGCAGAGUUUCAGGGAAUUGAUAAGUUUGAUAAGGAUUUGACAACUUUGCAUCCUAUAUUGACUGAAUGCCGUGUCAUCAAGUCAGAGCUGGAAAUUGCUCUUAUUCAGUAUGCCAAUGAUAUAAGCUCUGAGGCUCAUGUUGAGGUUAUGAAAAAAACUAAGGUGGGCAUGAAGGAGUAUCAGCUUGAAAGCAUUUUUCUUCACCACACCUACAUGUAUGGUGGAUGUCGGCAUUGCUCCUAUACAUGUAUUUGUGCUACCGGUGAUAAUAGUGCUGUGCUUCAUUAUGGCCAUGCAGCAGCUCCUAAUGACAAGACUUUGGAAGAUGGAGACAUGGCGCUGUUUGAUAUGGGAGCUGAGUACCAUUUCUAUGGAUCUGACAUAACUUGUUCUUUCCCUGUAAAUGGAAAAUUUACAAGUGAUCAAUCUCUUAUAUAUAGUGCUGUGCUAGAUGCUCAUAAUGCCGUUAUAUCUGCAAUGAAACCUGGAAUAAACUGGGUUGAUAUGCACAUAUUAGCAGAAAAAGUGAUUCUGGAGUCACUGAAGAGGGGACACAUUAUAUUGGGUGAUGUUGAUGACAUGGUGGCUGCACGCUUGGGUGCUGUUUUUAUGCCACAUGGUCUAGGGCAUUUCCUUGGUAUUGACACACAUGACCCUGGAGGCUACUUAAAGGGCCUGGAAAGAAGAAAGGAACCCGGAUUAAAAUCUUUGCGGACAAUCAGAGAUCUCAGGGAAGGAAUGGUUAUCACUGUGGAGCCUGGAUGCUACUUUAUUGAUGCUUUGCUGCUUCCUGCCAUGAGUAGUCCAGAAACUUCCAAGUUCUUAAACCAGGAAGUGAUUAAUAGAUUUAAAGGUUUUGGUGGAGUCCGAAUCGAGAGUGAUGUGCUUGUUACUGCCGCUGGUUGCUACAACAUGACCAAGUGUCCCAGGGAAAUACGAGAGAUUGAGGCAGUGAUGGCAGGAGCCCCAUGGCCAGCCUAGAUAUCUACUCAUGUUGGAAAUGGAUUAGAAAUCCAAGUUUGGCUACAAUCAUCCUUGAAGUGAACAGGUCUGCAUCAAUUUCUAGUUUUUAUUGUUGUUGUUGUUUUAAAUAAAUAUUAAAAAGUAACUCCCACCCCACCCCUCGUUUUUUAAAUUCUCUUGGGACUAUACACUCUAAAUCCCCCCCUCCCCCCAAAAAAUGAGAUCCUCGAUGUUAGGCAUUAGAUAAUGUGAUCGCUAUCAAAAAUUUAAGGAAUAAGCAUUUCAAU